AUGAAAAUAGCAGCAACAGUAGUAGCUGUGAUAGCAAUUUCUGCAGCAGCUCUAUUUCCUGUUAAGGCAUCGGAUUGCAAAGAUGCACUAAAUGGGCUACAAGUGUGCUUCAGCUACCUGAGCAAUGGCGGCGGGGAUGCCCCUUCGACACAGUGCUGCAGCCAGCUUCAAGGAGUGAUUAAGACACAGCCAAUAUGCCUUUGCCAGAUUUCCGGGGAAGAAGAAGAUGGCCUCAACAAGACUCGAGCUCGGCAACUCCCAACCGCUUGCAAAAUCCAGAAUCUACCAACUAGCUCAUGUAAAACAACAAGAGUUUAA